AUGCACGAGGCUGAGGUGAACGAAGCAGCGAAGGGGUUCUCCCUUCCGCUCGGCACUCCGCUGGACGUUUCCCUGCCGCAGGAUCUAUCAUGGGAGGGGCUGACUAGUACCUCCCUCAAAAGAAUCUUCUCGCCUCAUCAUCCCUCUCGUCGGAUACGCGCGUCUCUCUACCACAGCCGCGUGCUUUUGAAGCUGCUACUCUGGUCAUCCCUUGCCCUUCCCAUCUCCCUCCCACUCCCUCCAGAUUGCGCCGACAUUUUCGCCGCAGGAACAACUCUCCCAUUGCCUCUUGCCACAGCAACCGAUUACGACGAAGCAGGCAGAGCGAGAGAGACGGCCUCGCGCGGGUACAAGCGCGAGGACGGCGUCUGCUGGAGCCGCGCCGAGAUGGCAUGCUACGCGGGCAUAGCAACCGCCGGCUAUCCCACGAGAGGCGCCGCUGAAGCGUGCGUGCAGCCGCAUGUGUCCGGGGCGCUUGAGACGAAACUGCGGCAGCACCACCGGUACCGGCGAGAGUGCCUGCGGCAGGAGCCGAUGCCUCAGCUGCGCGCCACGCUGCUAGCCGGAAACCGCACUGCCUGCCGCUACCUGCUCUACCACCAAACUAUAGACGGGCAGGGCAACCGGCUCAUGUCGCUCGUCUCCUCGUUCGCGUACGCGCUGCUGACGGAUCGGAUUCUCCUGCUGCUGUCUCGCAGUGGGCCCGCUACAGAGUUCUGUGAGCCGUUUGAGCAUGAGGCGUCGUGGGUACUGUUCGAUGGGCCGGAGGAAGAAGGGGAGGAGUAUGCCAGGGUGCUUCGGUCCAGAGUGGCUAAGGAGUGGAGGAGCGCGAGGGAGGGAGAGGAGGCAUGGGCGUCGGGUGACAAGCUGCCACCACCAAUGCUACGCCUCGACAUCAACCAAGCAACCACCCCGUCCGGCUUCUUGUUCUUCUGCGAGGCAGAGCAGCAGUGGCUCUCCCACACGCCCACAUUGCUCCUCACUUCCAACCAAUACUUUCUCCCCGCGCUCUACCUCCUCCCCUCCUUCCGCCGCCUCCUCCUCCUCCUCUUCCCUGCCCACAUGCCCUUCCGCUCCCUCUCCCGCCUGCUGCUCUUCCCCCGCAAUCGCAUCUGGGCGGGAAUCACCCACCGAUACCACACCCUAAUCGCCCCGGCGCCAGCUCGUGUGGGCCUGCAGGGGCGCUUUUCAACGCAUGCAAAGGCGAGCACAGUAGCUUGGUACACUGAUGCUAUGGGGCGUUGCAUGCUGCAAGCUCUCAACUCCUCCACCGUGCAGAGAGCAAGGGGGAUGCGGCUUGCCAGGGAGGCGGCUUUGAAGGGAAAUCAGGGUCCUUUUGAGAUGCACUGGGGACGGGAUAUGCGAGAGGGAGAGGGAGGGGCAGAGGGAGUAGGCUCAGCAGGGCGGGGCACUAGUGGGAGCACUGGGCACGGGGUGGGAGGUGUGGCUGAGAAAGGUGCGUUACGCGGUGGUGGGUUCAAUCCAAUGGCUAGAACAGCGAGUGAUGGUGACAGGAGCAGUGGAGGUGGUAGUGGCAGUGGUGACUGCAGCGUGGGGGGUUCAUGGGGCAACGUGACUGAGGUAAUGGUAGCGUCUCUCAACCAAAACCUAGUCCAUAACCUCUCAGGGGUAGUGAUGGCCGAUGUGCCUGUAGCGAGAGUGACAGUGGGAAGUGACGCUGCUUGUGCUCCCAUGGAGGAUGCUCCUACAGAGGAAAAGCCACCACCCAGUGGUACCGCCUCCACUGCUGAUCCUGCUGCGCCUGCAGCUACUGUAACUCCCGCCGAUGACAAGGAGAACACCACCAAUACGGCAUCAGUAGACCGGGCCAUUAUCGACAUCUACACCCUCGCUCUUUUUUCCGAUGCACUUAUCAUCUCCAAGACUUCUACUUUCGGCUACCUCUGUGCAUCCCUCUUUGGAGUUCCCCAUGUUACAUUCGUGGGGCACACUUGCAUUCCCGCUGUUUCCGAGCCGUGCAUGCACUGGCCCCCCACCAAUGACCGAUGCCCUGAUGGCAAUCCACAGAAGCUGCAGGUGCUUCUGGCUGAGAAGCCAGAUGUGCCCCUCAUGCCCUGUAUGGACAGACCCAAUUCACUUGGGAUCAAGCCCUUGGACAGUGCACAGUGUUGGGCUGAGAUGCCCUAG